AUGCCGGCUCUCUUCGCGCGCCAAAACCCCCUCGACGAGGCGCGAAAGACGCUUUCGUCAUGGGACAAUUGCAUGGCCAAGAGCUACUGCAAGUGGCCCGUCAUCGUCGUCAUAGUCGUCGGCUCCCUCAUCCUUCUAUCGAUCGUGAUUAGCAUAGCGCGAUGCAUAUGUUGUGGCGCCGAGUGCGUAUGCUGCUGCUUCAAGUGCUGUUCCUGCUGCUGCGGCGGCGGCAGAUCAGGCCACAAGCGCGUGAAGAGCGAGCCUACACCUAUAUACCCCCCGACCGGGGCUGCGAAUCCGUACGCGGCGGCACAUGCUGUUGCUCCUCCCGCACCGCCGAUUGAUUCGAGGGCGGCGAACCAGCAGUAUCAGAGUAAUGCCAUGCCGGCAUUUACUCCUACGCCUGCGGCUGCGCCGGCGGCUGAAAGACCGCAAUUUGCGACCUUUGCGAGCGCCGAUAAACCUGUGAACGAAGACGCGCUGCCUGCUAUGCCGACAUGGAAAGAUGGACGGGAUGUGCACGUUGCCGUCGAGGAGAAGGCUGUGCCAGAGAAGCAGGGCGACAUGGAAAUGGAUAGGCUGAACCACAACGGCAGUGUCACGAAUGGCUCUACGACGGGCGUGGCGGCUAUGGGAGGAGCGAGGAGGUCGCCCUCAGGCAGGACUCCUUUACAGCGCACCCCGACUGGGGACAGCUACGGCUUCCCGCCUAGCUAUCAGAGCGAAUCGUUCGUGGGUGCGGGACCGCGAAACAGCCCAGGGCCCUAUGGAAGCCAGAAUGCAAGGCCGUAUGCCCAGCAAGACGACUACCGCAGGGGAUCACCGGGCCCGAACAGCAAUCUAUCGCCAAUCUACGGACCAGGAGAAGGCUAUUCGCAGGUUCAGCAGUUUGGACGUCGCUCUCCCGGACAGCCUCAGGCGUACAACCAGUACAACGGGCACGAUCGCUACGAUCCGCACGAUCAAUACAAUGAGCCUGAUAGGAGAUUCCGCUCUCCUCCACCGAACGCGAACAACUACAACUAUGGAUUUAAUAACCCAUCACCAUAUGAGGACUUUGCGCCUGCACCUGCGCAGCAACGAUCACAUACCCCUGGCUACGCCCCGUCAGAGUCAACGCGCUACGAGCCAUCUACAGCGCCUACGUACACAAGUCAAGCACCUGUGCAACAGCGGUCGCAUACCCCAGGCUACCCCCAACCAGACUCAACUCGCUUUGAGCCGUCUACAACGCCUGUGUAUCCAGGGCAAGCAACCCCUCAACAGCGAUCACAUACCCCAGGCUAUGCCCCAUCAGACUCGACUGGCUACGAGCCAUCUGCAGCGCCUACGUACACGAGUCAAGCGCCCGUGCAGCAGCGGUCACAUACCCCAGGGUACGAGCCAUCUGCGGCGCCUGCGUAUACAGGGCAGCAAUCGUACAGCCCGCAGGGUGGGUAUCCUGGUCAGCAGUCGUAUCAGCCUUUCCAGCCCGGAGCGCCACAGGGACAACAGCAACCUGGCAUGAGGAGGGCGUAUGAUGGGUCGAACAAGGAGUAUCAAUAG